ACGCUUAUGGCGAUUGUGCAUGCUGAUGAAUUAAUUGGCGGUAUGUCACUGCUGACCGGUGAGGGUUCGUUUUUUUCGCUGAAGACCCGUCAGGAGAGUAGGUUGGCAAUCGUCAUGAAGGAGGACAUUUACGCAAUGGUUCGCCAUCAACCACUGGUCGUCUUGAAGAUUGCCUACAGCGUUGUACAGAGGCUGUCACCUUUUGUGCGACAGGUGGACUAUGCAAUCGAUUGGGAGAUGCACGACGCCGGCUACCCUUUAUACAGCCAGAACGAUUCAGCGAACUGUUUGUACAUUGUCCUUAGCGGUCGACUUCGUUCUGUGUUGACCGAGGAGCCUGGCAUCAAGAAACUCGUCGAAGAGUACGGCAGAGGUGAUCUCGUCGGCCUG